AUGGCUGCGAUCAAAACUGUGAACUCCCAGGCUGAGGUGGCGCGAGCCCAGGCGGCUUUGGCUGUCAACAUGUGUGCUGCCCGAGGGCUGCAGGAUGUGUUGCGGACUAACUUGGGUCCUAAAGGCACCAUGAAAAUGCUUGUUUCUGGUGCAGGUGACAUCAAACUCACUAAAGACGGCAACGCCCUGCUCCAUGAGAUGCAAAUUCAACACCCAACAGCUUCUUUGAUAGCAAAAGUAGCAACAGCCCAGGAUGACAUCACAGGAGAUGGUACUACUUCAAAUGUUUUAAUUAUAGGAGAGUUACUAAAACAAGCUGAUCUUUACAUUUCUGAGGGCCUGCACCCUAGAAUAAUAGCUGAAGGAUUUGAAGCUGCAAAGAUAAAGGCACUUCGGGUUUUGGAUGAAGUUAAAGUGAAGAAAGAGAUGAAAAGAGAUACCCUUUUAGAUGUGGCUAGAACAUCUCUACGAAUGAAAGUUCAUGCUGAACUGGCUGAUGUGUUAACAGAGGCUGUGGUGGAUUCCGUUUUGGCUGUUAGAAGACCGGGUUACCCUAUUGAUCUCUUCAUGGUGGAAAUCAUGGAGAUGAAGCAUAAAUCAGAAACAGAUACGCAGUUGAUCCGAGGAUUAGUUUUGGAUCACGGUGCCCGUCAUCCACACAUGAAGAAGCAAGUAGAAGAUGCAUUUAUCCUUACUUGCAAUGUAUCACUAGAAUAUGAAAAAACAGAGGUGAACUCUGGUUUCUUUUAUAAGACUGCAGAAGAGAAAGAGCAAUUUGUAAAAACUAAGAGAAAAUUUAUUGAUGAUAGAGUACAGAAAAUAAUAGACCUGAAAGACAAAGUCUGUGCUGAGUCCAAUAAAGGAUUUGUUGUCAUUAAUCAAAAGGGAAUUGAUCCAUUUUCUUUAGAUGUUCUUGCAAAACAUGGAAUAGUAGCUCUUCGCAGAGCAAAAAGAAGAAAUAUGGAAAGACUUUGUCUUGCUUGUGGUGGAAUGGCUGUGAAUUCCCUUGAAGACCUCACUGUAGACUGCUUGGGACGUGCUGGUCAUGUAUUUGAGUAUACAUUAGGUGAAGAAAAGUUCACUUUUAUUGAGGACUGUGUUAACCCUCACUCUGUCACCUUGUUGAUCAAAGGACCAAAUAAGCAUACUCUCACACAAAUCAAGGAUGCCAUAAGAGACGGACUUCGUGCCAUCAAAAAUGCCAUUGAAGAUGGUUGUGUGGUGCCAGGAGCUGGAGCGGUAGAAGUGGCAAUAGCUGAAGCGCUUGUUUACCACAAGCAUAGUGUUCCCGGAAGAGCUCGUCUUGGAGUCCAAGCUUUUGCUGAUGCUUUACUCAUCAUUCCCAAGGUUCUUGCUCAGAACUCUGGUUAUGAUUUCCAGGAAACACUAGUAAAAAUUCAGGCUGCGCAUUCAGAAUCAAAACAACUUGUUGGCAUAGACUUGAAUACAGGGGAGCCAAUGGUAGCAGCAGAUGCAGGAGUUUGGGAUAAUUAUUGUGUGAAAAGACAACUUCUUCAUUCUUGCACAGUGAUUGCCAGCAACAUUCUCCUGGUUGAUGAAAUUAUGCGAGCUGGGAUGUCUUCUCUCAAAGGGUGACUGAAUUCAAAAGUCAACUCUUCUAGAAGACAAGAUUUAAUAUACCUUACAUCAACUGCUGCUGUACGGGCUGAGCUAUUAUUAAUUUUUACUAAAUAAAUGCAGUUUAUAUCUUUCGGUCUUAGCAGUCUCAAAAGUAUUUCAUCAAGAUGUAAAGAACAUAAGAAAUAUUUUCAUAGUGAAGGAAUAAUACUGGGGAUAUUUUCUCUUGAGUCUUGACUGUCCAUCCUGUGUUGCAUGCUAUUGCAGUUUUCAUAAAAUGGAAUCUAUUAUGAUUUUUAGACCUUCUGGGAAACGUUUAAUUAGUCAAGUAUGGAGCACAGGUUUUAGAGCAUCCAAGUCAAUUUCCAAUAUAUUAAAGGUUAUAAAGGUGGUAAGAUAAAAUGUUUUAUUCGCUCUCAGAAAUUCUUCAGUAACUUCUUGCUGCCACUCUUUUCUC